AUGAUUACUCCCACAGCGGAAAGAACACGUAGAUGUAGUAAACUUAUAUUUCUUCUCACCGGUUGACAACGUUUAUUUUUCUUAGAGUAAAAGAGAGACUAUUGAAAUUCUGUUGUCUAAAGAUACUCAGCAUUGUAGUUUAAUAGUUACAAUGGCUUUAUCCACGGCAAUGUCUGCACUCACAUCUCUAGUGCUUAGUAUCAUUGUUUUUGCAUUAAUGCAAAUCUUUAAAUCUGAUUUGGCAUCAAAAGAGUACUUCACAAUUGCUGGUGGAUUUGUUGGAUCUAUUUUGUUUAUUUUACUUUUAACAUUCACUAGCAAUGCUGAAAUGUUUCUUUUUGGUAAAGGUUUUCAGGCCAGACUUUUUCCUGAAGUUGUAGCCUGCUUGCUUACAGCAAUGUUCGCCUCAGCAUUAGUUCACAGAGUGUGUGUCACAACAUGCUUGAUCUUCUCUCUGGUGGCCCUUUACUACAUCAACCGCAUCUCUCAAACCAUUUAUGGUAUACCAGCAACAGCAGCGUCAGUCUCCACAUUAAAGAAAAGGAAGUGAGGGGGCUCUGCUUCUGUGUUAAUGAUUUAUGUUCAUAAGUUAUAUUAACUUUUUCAAGGUCACUCCUAUAUUGUCAUAAACAUAUAUCAUGGUAGUUUACUGAACUGUUUUCUGUGGGCAGCAAACACAGAUAUAAGAAAGUGUAUGAGUUAAAAUAGUUAGAGCAUCGCAUUAAUGAAUAAGUCCAAAAUGUGUGACAUUAACAAUAACCAUCAUUCUUGUAUUCCUUCACAAAUUCAAUAUUUUGUUGUUGUUUUUUGCUGAAAUAAAAUGUAUAGCAGAAUGCUGAAGUAAUG